AUGUCGAAAGAUACCAUAACAUCCUUAAUUGUGGUGUUGGAAGGAAGCCAACAUAUCGAGAAUGACGGCAAAAUCAUUGUAUUUGGCAAUGGAGCUAGCAUUGACACUGUGCGCAAUUUAGCUAUUGAUAAACUUGCCAUUGCCCGUAAUAUCCCGCUCAGCGAUAUUCUUUUACGUGAUGGGUCAGGCAACAUUUUGGAUGGUAUCGACCAAGUGCGUCAACAGCAAGUUGUAUACGUUGGUAUCAAAGGCAGCAUCAAAACAACCAUUCCCGGUCCUGUCAAAUACCCGUUUACAGGAUCCAUUCGUGAGAUCUUGCCAGAGCCUACACGUGGAUGGAUGCGCGUUUUUGAAAAAUAUGGACCCGUGGUCAACAUGAGUCUUAUGGGCACCGAGGUUGUAGGCACCAACCAUCCAGCUGUAGCCGAAUUGUUUGCAAAGGAGUCCGAGUAUUUCACAAAGAAAAUUGGGUUGAAUCUUAAAGAAAUCAAGGCUUUUGGUGGUCAAGGUUUAUUCACGACUGAUACGGAUGAUGAUGAUUGGAAGCUUGCACACAAAUUACUUAUGCCGGCAUUCAGCCCACGUGCUAUUAAGGCUUAUCUACACGAGAUGGGAGUGAUUGCCAAACAAACGAUCAAAACACUUGAGCAAUAUGAUCCAUCAGAAAAGGUGGAAAUCUUGGAUUGGACGACACGAUUGACAUUUGAAACCAUUGGUCGAUGCGGAUUUGGCUAUGAAUUUGGUCUUCUUGAUUCACGCGAUGCACCCCCGCAUCCAUUUAUUGAUGCUAUGGGAUACUGUCUCAAUCAUGCUGUGGAACGCACACGUCAAUUGGGAUUCAUCAAACAUUUGCCUUUGGAACGUAAUCGCCAAUUUGAUCGAUCCGUCAAGUUGAUGAAUGAUAUUGUGGAUCAAGUUAUCAAGGAACGCAAGAAUGGACCUGAGGCUGGUGACAAGGAUAAGGAUUUAUUGGGGUUCAUGUUGAAUGCACGUGAUGAACAUGAUUUGGGAUUGUCCGAUGAGAACAUUCGAUACCAGGUUGUCACUUUCCUUAUCGCUGGUCAUGAUACAACAGCCAACACACUGGCAUGGGCAUUGUACGAGCUAUCACAGAAUCCCAAAGUCGAAGCAAAGGUCUUACAAGAGAUCGCCAAUGCCGGCAUCACCCAUGACGAGAUCCCCACCGUUGCUCAAAUAAGCGAGCUCAAGUAUAUGCAUCAGGUGUUCAAGGAGACUCUACGCAAGUACCCUCCAUUACGCCAGCUUGGCAAAUACUGCAAAAAGGAUUGUGUCGUUCCUGGUGGUUACCUUAUGAAAGCUGAUACGGUGGCUCUUAUUCACGUCUUCGCCAUGCAUCGCAACCCAGAGGUGUACCCUGAUCCCGAACGCUUUGAUCCAGAUCGUUUCUCGCCUGAGGAAGAACAAAAACGAUCCCGUUUUGCAUGGCUGCCCUUUAGCACUGGUCCACGUAGUUGCAUUGGUAUGGCAUUUGCUCUUCAAGAAGCCAAGGUCGUCUUGGCAAUGCUUUUGCAUCGAUACAAAUUCCGUUAUGAUGGACCUCCGGUUGAUUUUGAUCCUCAGAUGGCAACUGUCAAACCCAAGGACUUUUUGGUCAACAUUUUGCCACGCACUGAUAUGCCACAACCCAACACCACUUCAUCGACUCCUACAACAGCAGCCAAUGUACAUGAUUCAUCAUCAUCAUCGUCAUCAGCAUCAGCAGCAGCCAAAGUAUCAAUUCCUCAAGUGGAUAUCAAUGCAUCUCGUACAGCUGAUAUCAAAUUCCCACCCAUCACUUUCCUUUACGGCUCGCAAACAGGCACAGCCCAAGAUUAUGCAGCUCAACUUGCAUCACAAGCACGUGGAUUUGGAUUUGACAAGGUUACUUUUUGUGAAAUGGACAAGUGGAAUGUGCUCGAGACUGGCAAAUACAACCCUCCAUCCUCGUCUGGUCCUCAAGAAUUGGUGGUGAUCAGCACAGCAACCUACAAUGGUCAGCCACCGGAUUGUGCAGAACGUUUCAGCGCAUUCAUUACCGACAAAACCAAGCAAGAUGGAAAUGAGGAUUUGUUGAAGGGUCUUCAAUUUGCUGUAUUUGGUGUGGGCAACAAGAAUUGGCGUACUUACCAAGCCUUCCCUCGCAAGGUGAAUGAAGGACUUGAUCAAUUGGGUGCUGAGCGUUUCUUUUCAUGCGGUGAGGGUAAUGCAGAUAAGGACAUUGAUGCCGAAUUCAAUGAAUGGUCUGCCCAUUUCUGGGUACAUACAUUGAGUCGAUUUGGUAUCCCACUUUCUGAAGGUCAAUCGGUUGUGCCAUCUGCCAAUACGGGUAUGGAAAAGCUGCAAGUCAAGAUCAACUAUGUCAAUCCUAUGGAUGAAGAAAAGUGGGCAUCGGGUGCAAUCAACCGUAACGGCGAAUACAAUGCACACAUCUUGCACAAUAGCGAGCUUCAACAACCAGCAUCCAAUCGUAGCACUCGCCAUAUCGAGCUCGAUAUCUCAAAACUCAAGCCAUUGUAUGAAGAUGGACAAUUGUAUGUUGCGGGUGAUCAUUUGGAAGUGAUGCCAGAGAACGAUGCACGUGUUGUGGAGGCGAUUGCUGUCAACUUUGGUUGGGUAUUGGAUUCUGUAUUUGAAGUGGAUGAAGCAAGUCUACAAGGCGUAUCACCACGAUCCCUUGCCGCAUCAAUCCAUGGUCCAUGUACCAUUCGCAAUGCACUUACCUAUUAUGCCGAUUUGACAUCACCCCCCAGUCGCACCAUGUUGGCUAUCUUUGCCGAGCAAUUGAGUAGCACAUCGCCUGAAACAGCUGAAGCAUUCCGCAACUUGAUCAUGCCUGAUAGCCCUGAUUAUGCAUCCUUCAUUGAACAGCAUCGCACCAUUCUUGAUUUACAAAAGAGCUAUCCUCAAGUGAACCAAUUGGAUCUUGCUCAAUUCUUGACAGCUGUGGGUGUUAUGCAACCACGUCGCUAUUCGAUUGCAUCCUCCUCCUUGGCCCAUCCAAAGCAAGCACAUCUCACUGUGGGCGUUGUUCAUGAUGUACUCAAGGAUGGUCGUGAAUACUAUGGCCUAGCAUCAUCCUACCUAUCGCGUAGUUCUGAAGCAUUGACUUUGCGAGCGGCACUCAAAUCAUCCAAGAGCACGUUUGGCUUACCCAAAGACCCCGCUGUACCUAUCAUCAUGAUUGCUGCUGGUACCGGUUUAUCACCCUUCCGUGGUUUCUUGCAAGAACGUGCUCAUCAACGUACCAAGGGCGUACCUGUAGGCGAAUGUGUAUUGUACUUUGGAUGUCGACAUCGUGACCAUGACUUUAUUUAUGCGGAUGAAUUACAAGAUCACGUCAACACGGGUGUAUUGACACAUUUACACGCAGCCUUCUCACGUGAAAACCAGCCAUGCAAAUACGUCCAACACCAAUUGCUUGAAACGGCCAUCAAGGUAUGGACCUUGCUACAGAAAAAGAAUGCUUCCAUCUACGUGUGUGGUGCUGGUGCCAUGAGCCGUGAUGUACGUCGAACUUUUGCUACGAUGGCAAAGAGCUUUGGUCAAGUCCACACGGAUGAAGAGGGCGAGGCAUUUAUUCAAGACCUGAUUGACCAAGGCCGAUACAAUGAGGAUGUUUGGGGUUAA